GAGAGAGAGAGAGAGAGAGAUGUAAAAGCUGAAGCAGAGCAGCAGUCAGGAAGCAGCGCGCGACAGAAACACGGAAGAUCUCUGACAGCAAAAGCAGCAAAGCGCGCCGAUCUGGAGCUUCACUGGAUCUUCGCUGGAUCCUCACUGCUCUGAGCCGCCGCUGUGAGAAAUGUGAGAGCGCAGUCUGCACAGCUGAGCUCUGAGACGCGGAGCGAGCGGACUUCAGGCGUGAAUGAGAGAAGUUUGUGCAGAGCGUGUGCACAGAGUGAGAGUGGCAGGCUGGUGACUCUUCUGGGGGGGAGGGUGGCAGAAGGAGUGACCUGUGGCUCCAGGCGUGAAGCAGCCAGAUGCCCAAAGAGAGGCGGAGGUCUCUGAGGGAGACCGUGGCGUGCAGGGCUUCUCCUCUGGGGGACGGCGGAGCGGGGAAAGAGCGUCACUUCUCCACCGAGCAGCCGCCCAUGGAGGAGCAGCAGAGCCGCGAGAUUCCCGAGGAGAGCGGCCCGGGGAGAGGCGGCCCCGUGCCGCAGGUGACCAUCACGGCGGCCACGGACGGACAGAUGGAGCCCACCGAGAUGAUCACGGACAUGGACGAGGUGAACGGACCUCUGCGCCGCAAACUCUCCAACUCCUCCAUCUCCUCCACUGGUUCGUCAGCAGGGCUGGAGGAGUCUGAGGACGACAUCCUGAGCGACAACGAGACCAAGAGCAAGGGCAUCAUCACUCUGGAGCACCUGGGGGACACUGGAGAGGCCAAACCCUGGUGGAAGUUGAAGACUGUUGUCCACUGGCCCUUUGUUGCCUCACAGAGGAAGCGUCUGUCCUGGGUCCAGUUAGCGGGUCAUAAAGGCAGCUUCAAGGCAGCUGAAGAGGGCACCAUCCUGAAGAAGUACUCAGAGAACGAGAAGCAAUGUUUCGAGCGCUUGAGAGAUGAUGUGCUCCAGCGCUUUGUGCCGACCUAUCAUGGCAUUGUGGAGCGAGACGGAGAGCUCUUCCUGCAGAUGAGCGACCUGCUGGUCAGCUUUGAUGGACCGAAUGUCAUGGAUUGCAAGAUGGGAAUGAGGACGUAUCUGGAGGAGGAGCUGGUGCGGGCCCGGGAGAAGCCCAAGCUGCGCCGGGAUUUGUAUAAUAAGAUGCUGGACGUGGACAGAGAGGCCCCAACCCCCGAGGAGCAGAAGCAGCAGGCUGUGACCAAACCACGCUACAUGCAGUGGAGGGAAAGCCUCAGCUCCACCAACACAAUGGGCUUCCGCAUCGAGGGCAUCAAGAAGGCAGAUGGAACCUGUCACACAGACUUUAAGAAGACUCGUUCGAGAGAGGACGUCACACAGGUCUUCAUGGACUUUGUCAGCGGGAACGGAAACAUAAUUAGCUCCUACAUUAGGAGGCUAGAGGAUAUCAGACAGACUCUAAAGGCUUCAGAGUUCUUCAUGAAACACGAGGUCAUUGGGAGUUCGCUGCUGUUCAUCCACGACCACACAGAGCGAGCUGAGGUUUGGCUCAUUGACUUUGGGAAGACUAUGGCUCUACCAGACGGUCAGAUGCUGGACCACUGGAGACCCUGGGAGGAGGGGAACCGAGAGGACGGAUAUUUAUGGGGCCUUGACAAUCUGCUUCAUACCCUUGCUUCACUAAACACGGAGUGUACACAACUUGGUGUUCGCACAGAAUGUUCAUAAUGAACCUACCAUCUAGUCUCUGAAAGGGCUGGAGGGGACAAAUGGACCCUGUUGCAGUGUGCUAUGGACAGAUGUGAUGUGACGAUUCCUUUAUUUACAAUGUUGAACUGUAAAGUCACUCUGCCUGUGUAGUCAGAGCAGAUUCUGACUCAUCAGCUGUUUGUCUCCACUCGCCUCUUAAUGUGAGUCAUCGUCCAACAGAGCUGGUCAUAAAUUGAAUUUGGAGCCUCUUAUUUUUAGAUAUUACAGAUAGCAUUUCACAUGAUAAUUUACAGAAAACAUUGUAGGCAACAUUCAGUACCUCUGUUUGUCAGCAGCCUCAAUUCGAACAAUCAGACAUCCAUUAUCAACACUAUAAUUACACCGCCAGGCCCAUUGAAAACCAGACAGCCGACAAUGUACAAUAGACCUCUGAGAACAUGCUGUCAUUUUGUAGUUUGUGAUUAGCAUUUGGAUGAGCCUUCGGUCCAAUCUAUUUUUGUUCAUAGGAAAUGUGAAUAAUCAUGACCGCCUCUGUGAUUAACAGGAGUCAGUAGAGUAGACUGAACCUGUACUCAAGUAAAAGUAUUGAUACUUUAGCCACAUUCAAGUAAAAGCAAAAGUAAAAGUAACAGAAUUUGAGUGGAAGUUCAAGUCAAAACACUACUGAAGUACUGAGUAACUUAAAAAAACGCAGUGCGACUUCUUACUACAUCCAGCGUCUAUCGGAAUAGGAACUGAAGCGUGAUAGCUGCUGUUCUUCUUUUGGCGUCCUUGUGGGAAAUGCAGAAGUGUGUCCAGUCGUGAAGCAGUACAAACACUGCCAACUACAUAACAUUAUGAAAUGUAAACACAAAAAAGUAAAUAGUAACUAAAUGUUAAUGACUAAAAUGUAAAACAGAUUUGGCACAACUAUACUUUGAAGUAUUUAAAAAUACCUUGGAAACAGCGAACUGAUGCAUGAGUAACGACACCCCCUAGUUUCAGAUAACUCCACCCCUUUUGAGCAACUCUGGAAAAUUGUUAAAGAAUGGAAGGGACACUUUGGACCGUUUGGGAAGGGAAAAGUGGGCACUGUGACACACAAAAAAGCAAAGAGAAAGCAAUACUGCUCUGUGUCUCUUACCUUCAUUUCACUGUAGCCCGUUCCGAUCAGAAUAAUGCAGAUUAAACACACACAUGCCUUUAAAGGGAAUCUGGACUGUUAAGACUGAUAUGCCUUAAAAUAGUGUACAUGUCUAAUAUUAUUAAACAAUGACAAAUAAACCAAACUAAAAAGAAUAUUAUAAAAAAUAACAAGACAAACAGGCCAAACUCCUACUAGGAGGUUGCCAUUGUCGCACUGUGAUGUCACAUGGUCACAGUGGAGUCAGUGGUACGGAAAAUAAGACACUCAGAAAGUUUUUGUUGGGGUUGGAAAGGCUGAAUGAUAUAUUGUACUAAAUCUUUCCUUUAGCUCACUGUUCCUCACUCAGUGGACAAGACAGAACAACCAUGUGAUGUCACAAAAAAUGGCAUCCAAUUGGUAGAGGAACUGUGUUUGUUUUUAAUAAUAAAUAAAAUAUUUUUGCUUUAUACAACAUAUUAAAAAUAAAGAAUUUUGCCUUAUACAACAUACUUGAAGAGUACUGGAAAUGCACACCAUAUUGAGGCCUACAUGUCUAAACAGUCAGGGUUCCUGACUGCUGUACCUUUCUUAUUGUCUCAGUACACAAACACAGAGAAGAGGGAGAAACUUACCACAAUAAAAACAGAGAAAAAUGGACAGAACGGGCACGAUUAUCUGAGCAUACAAAUAUCUGAACUCAUCCUGUGUUUCAGCAGGGUAAUAACAAAGUCCUUAUAGGAAAGUCUGUUCAAUCAUCUUUGCAACACCGCAGGCAGUUAAUUUAAGGCAUACAAGACCAGGCCUCUAUCUCUUUGAAUGGUGAGAGACCAAAAAUACUAGAAACUGAUUCAAAUUACCGUUUAAAAACAUAUUUAACAUCACUGAUAACUUAUUUAAAAUCACUGAUAAAAGGCUCAUAAAUAGUUUGCAGCUCAGUAACUAACCUUUUUUUGGAUUGUUCUGGACACUGCGCUUACACAGAUCUCCACAAUGAGGGGGAGUUUUCCCCACUCACGGUGUAACCAGCAAGCUGAUUGGCUUAUUUUCCUGAAGGAAAACAAAAGCCAUGUUGAGCGUUACAAGUGUUUUUAUUAUACAACAACAUUUAGAGCUGGUGCAUACCAGUGAAAUGCCCUCAAGUCCUGUCCGGAAUUCCAUAUUUGAGAGAUAAGCGCACGUGAAUGCCUCCGCAAUGUCAUGUUUACUAAGACCCUGUUCACACUUGGUGUUAACAUCUGUCUCAAGUAAGCAGAUCAUAAUUGGACAGGAAGACGCAUAGGAAUUGUUUACACUUUGCAUUAACAUGCGUUUUUGAUGAUUAGAUCAUAUUCAGAUUUCACUUGACUGCAUGAAAGGCCAGGUACACACAUCCUCAGAAAUGGGUCUGCUGAGUACUGAUUAGUGGACAGAUGAAAGCGUUCAAACCAAGCCUGUCCACUCAUACACGCGUAUCGUAAUGGGAAAAGAGUAAACAAAAUUAAAACAGAAACAACGUGUUCACGUGCUUUUUAUGAGGGAAAAGUACAAUCAGAUCUCAUCUGACCAAACUUGGGUGCAUUUUAGUGAAAAGUGUAAAUGGAAUGUGGGCCAAAGUUUAUCCAGAUAAGAUCUGAACAGGAAACACAUUCAUGUGCCACAUGUGAUCAGAUUUUGUGGCUGGAGGAAGGAGACCACCCACAUUUAUGACUCUCGCUGUGUUUGAUUUUUUGAUGAGCCCCAAGUUUCCAAGUUGGGGGCAUGUCAACAAAAAAAAAACCCUGUAAACUGACCGUAUUUCAGUUAUUCAGCAGCCACACAUGAACCCUGCAAACUAAAAUAAUCCACAAAAAUACAAAUAUCAGCACAUUAUGUGAUGCUUCUAACUGGACAAAACAUUACUCUUCUCAUAAGCAUCCUUCACUGUGUUACAGUAACAUACAGUAAAAUAAACAUACUCUCUUUAAUGAGAGUAAAGAACUUAAAAGAAAGCAUUUUUCACAGCAUGUCUGUCUUGUUUCUAAACGAAAUUCCAAACACUUGAACACUUGAACACACCGUACUUAGGACCUCCAAAAAGGCAGAACUGACCACAGUAAUAAUAUUAUUAUUUUGAUAGUUUGAAAAGAAGUGUUAAAACUUUUUUUCAAAACAAUACACUUCAGUUUUUAGUUUAAAAAAAUGGCUUUAGGGUGCUGCGCUUUGGAAUUUUAACUGAGUAAAUGGAACUACUUACCACCCCGCUUUUGGGGGAACUGACAAGUUCAAAAAUCUGCACAUUGCGUUCUGUGUACACCCAGCCCCCCGAAUAUGCAAGCUACACACAAGCUAACACUCCUGCACACGGAACUGGCAACAUAACACUGACAACCUCACCACAAUACCAUGCGAAAACAGCAAG